ACAUAUUAGUCCCUCUCAAGGUCAAGCCAGAGGAACUCGGUGGACUAACCUGAAUUCACUUAAAGUUAAAGACACUUAAAGUUAAGUUAGCACGUCAGGUGUUAGUUUCCUAGAAAAGAAAAAUAUCCACAAGGAGCUUGAAACUGGACAUGGCCAGCAGGCAGACAUGGAGGUUAAAGAGACACGGCCGCUUCGUGCCGGGCUCUGCAGAGACAGGAGGAGCUCCUUGGAAGGUAUUUGAGGCAAAUGGCAAUAAACCGGAUAUUGUCCUCACAAUUGUGGAACCUGGAUACUUGCUGGUAUUACAAGAACAGGAAAGCUUGGAUACAAUCCCUUUGCUGUGUGGCUCUGAUUCUGUCAAAGUACACCAGAAAUCUGAUAACCUUAUGUUUCGAUUUACUGUGAAGGGAGAGAGCCACAUGAUUAGGAUGCAGUUUUAUGGAAGGAGCAGGGCAGAGGCUAUAAAGGAGUGUUCAAGUGCUGUGGAAAAACUGAUGGAGUACAUGCCUGUCACCACUCAGGAUGACACCCCGCUGCUUCCUAAUCAGUCCCCCACAGAAAUCUCUGCACCAGUGCUACAGACUGGGCAGGGGAAGGACAUGGGAGUUGAGCCUGACCUUGUCCAAGGAACGUUGUCAAUCAAGCGUCUCAUCCAGCACCUCUUGGGAGAGACUGCUGUGACUCUACCUCGAGCAUAUCGCCACUGUUCGUUGGCACAAGGUGACUUGGAGCCCUUCCUGCGAAUUUGUCUGCUGGAUCCCAGCUUUCAUGCAUUUGUGGAGAAGGUGGAGGGGGAGCUGAGGAAACUGCUUGAAGAGUAAAUCUCAACAACAGCUGAAGGCAGAAAGGUCAAGUCCAUUUCCACCCCAACACACAUGGAUACAUUGUAUUGAAACAGGAGUCAUGCAGCUACAGCAGUGAAUUUUGCUAUGCCAGCUUCCAAGUGAUCCCACAAUAUUAAAGCUUCACUGAGUAAAACAAACUGCCCUCCAUAUAUCUAUUUAAGAAUACAUAUUGCAUAGGAUUAUAGCCAUGCUAUACAGUUAAAGAGAGAGAAAAA